AGCUGUGCCCCUCGGACUUAUCAAUGGAAAGAGCCGAAGAUGUCGGCUUGGUCAUGUGAUCUGCUGUGUCCAAUCACAGCUGAUUGCAUCAGCGCCACCUGUAAGUGUCCAUCAAUUUCAGCUGUCAGUGCUCAUCCAUGCCACCUGCCAGUGGCUAUCAGUGCCAGUCAGUGCCACCUAUCAAUGCCAGUCAGUGCCACCUAUCAUUGCCCAUCAGUGCUGCCUAUCAGUGCUGCAAUCAAUGUCACCUAUCUGUGCCAGUCAGUGCCACCUAUCAAUGCCAGUCAGUGCCACCUAUCAAUGCCAGUCAGUGCCCACCUAUCAGUGCUGCCAAUCAAUGUCACCUAUCUGUGCCAGUCAGUGCCACCUAUCAGUGCCAGUCAGUGCCGCCUAUCAUUGCCCAUCAGUGCUGCCUAUCAGUGCUGCCAAUCAAUGUCACCUAUCUGUGCCAGUCAAGCCACCUAU